AUUUUGGACUGGUCUACAAGCAGUUGUUCCCCAAAUAAAUACUGUACAUGAUUGUUGGCGGAACAUUGGAACUUGUGUUUUGUAAUGACCCUUAUAUGUUGUGUUCAUGUGUGUGUUGCCAUUAAAGAUGUGUUCCGGUGUUGGGGAAGCAAAACGGGGGAUGGACAGGAAGUGACGCUCGUUGGGAUCCCCAGGUCAUCGGUUGAGUUUGGUUUGGCGUGCGUUGUGGCCGCAGUGGGAGGUGGUUACUAUCGUGCCCGUUGUGAGGAUGUCAUUUUUGGUUUGACCAUUCCAGCCAGUGUUUCUCCGCAGCUGGAAGCCGUGGUCGGCCUGGAGAUCCAUGCCCAGAUUCACUCCAACACCAAGCUGUUCUCCGGCUCAGGAGUCCACUUCCUGUCUCCUCCAAACUCCCUGGUGUCAUUCUUUGACGGUUCCUUACCUGGCACGUUACCUGUCCUGAACAGACGAUGUGUGGAGGCAGCAGUGAUGACGGGGCUGGCCCUCAACUGCAGUAUAAACAGGAAGUCCCUAUUUGACAGGAAGCACUACUUCUACGCUGAUCUCCCUGCAGGAUACCAGAUCACGCAGCAGCGGCAGCCCAUUGCGGUGGGUGGCGUGCUGACCUACAGCCUCAUGGGCGGCAAAAAGAGGGACCAGGUGGUGAGGAAACACGUCCGCGUUAAGCAGAUCCAGCUGGAGCAGGACAGCGGCAAGAGUCUCCAUGAUGACGUCCGCGGGCAGACGCUCAUAGACCUCAACAGAGCUGGUGUGGGGCUGAUGGAGCUGGUGAUGGAGCCUGACAUGAAGUGUGGCGAGGAGGCGGCGGCGGCCGUCAGGGAGCUUCAACUCAUCCUGCAAGCCCUCGGCACCUGUCAGGCCAACAUGUCAGAGGGCCAGCUGAGGGUGGACGCCAACGUGUCGGUGCACAGACCGGGCCAGCCCCUCGGCGUGAGGACGGAAGUGAAGAACAUCAACAGCCUUCGAUUCCUGGCCAAAGCCAUCGACUACGAGAUUCAGAGGCACGUGGACGUCCUGCAGCGAGGAGGCAGCGUGCAGAACCAGACCCGCGCCUACGACUCCAAAUCCGGGACCACUGUGCCCAUGAGGGACAAGGAGGGGCUGCAGGACUACAGGUUCAUGCCAGAGCCCAACCUUCCCCCUCUGACGGUGUACGAGGAUGACGCCUCAGUGCCCCCCGGCGCCGACCAGGCGGUGGUGGUGCAGAAUUUAAGGGCGCGGCUUCCAGAGCUGCCCGGCGUGACGAGAGACAGGCUGGUCCAAACGUACGGCAUCCUGCCCGAGCACAGCUGGACUCUGCUGAACGAGGAUGGCCUGGUGGAGUACUUUGAGACCGUGUUGAAGACCACCAGUAGGGAGCCCAGGAAGGUGAUUGGCUGGGUGACAAACGAGCUGCUGGUCCUCCUCAAACAGCAAGACUGGACUGUGAGCCAAAGCCCCAUCUCCCCCUCCGCCCUGGCCGAGCUGCUGGAGCUCCUGCAAGCGGGAAACAUCUCGUCUUGGGUUGCCAAGCAGGUCUUCCGGGACAUGUGGAGGUCAUCGGGACAGAAAACAGCCGCGCAGAUCAUCCAGGACCAGGACCUGGGCCUUGUUAGCGAUGUCACACAGCUGCACAACAUCUGCCAGAAGGUUGUGGACAUGCAUCCUGAUGAGGUCCACGCCAUCAAGUCUGGGAACCCCAAAGUCCUGAACAAGCUGAUGGGACUGGUUCAGAAGGAGACCAAAGGUCGAGUGGAUCCGGUUGUCGUGCGGAAGAUUCUCCAGGAGAAGAUUUCAUGGCUGGAGGACGCCUCAACAGACUAGCAUGACUUGCCUUUUUCUUCACUGUUGUCCCACAAUGUCAUCUUCUCCUGGGAGUCUUUGUGGCAUUAAUAAACACUUUCUUGCAGGGGCGGGUCUACUAUUAGGCAAACGCAGCCUGGGCAGCCCCCGACAUUUCCAGGGGCCCCCAAACAUUUCAUAAAAAUGGAUUAUUGUUUUUUUUCCUGGAGUAUGUAAACAUGGCUAUGGAACUAGCUUUGCUCGGUUCGCCAUGGGCCCCCAAAUGGCUAAAUACACACCUUGUAUCUCGGCAUAUAUAAUAAUUAUUAAUAAUUAAUACCAUUUUGUAAAUUCAUGUCAUGUUGGCAAACCGAUGCAGUCUUCCUCUGAUAUACUAAAAACUGCACACAAUUGAUUGGGUAGGUGACCCUAAUGAUGUGGCCGGUUAGACCGAGCAGAAUAAAAGCAGAUAAACGAGCGGAGACCGCCCUCUAGUGGAGGAAGUGUAUAAUACACAUUUCUUACGAUCUGAUAAUAGCUUAUUAAACAUUUAACUUCCGUCUUUCCAUCUGCUGCACGAUUGUAGAAGUAUAAAGUGAUACUAUAACUAUAGG